GAAAGCAGCAGCCUAUCGCAGCAUCGGCGGACCUCUUCAGGUGUCUCUGUCUGCUGGGCGGCCGCACGGCGGAGCCAAUGGAGGAGUGCAAACGGGGCGGCAUGGCGGACCGAGAGAAGAGGAAAACCAGCCCUCCUCCUGGCAGAAACAUCCAGGUGAAGUCUCCAGCCAGUUUCAGGUUGACCCAUGACAUCAGCCUGGAUGAGUUUGAAGAUGACGACCUGUCGGAGAUUACGGAGAUCACAGAUGAGCGCGGGAUGAGCCUCAACUGCAACGGCCCGGAUAUAAAGGGCCAUGUGAGGAGAGGAACCAAUAGCAUGUCAGGGAGGGCGGAACUGGGUGCUGUUGGCCAGCUCCAGGCUGAGAUGUUGCACUUGGAACUCAUCGACGGUGCUGACGGAUACCGUGGUGACAAGGAGUCCUCGAAGGCAUCUGCCAUCGCACCCCAACCAGUAACCAAGGACCAGGCAGCACCUGUUACCAUGGAUACCUACCGGCCCAAGAGACCCACGACCCUUAACCUCUUCCCGAUUGUGCCGCGCACACAGGACACACUGAACAAUAACUCCUUUGGGAAGAAAUACAGCUGGCAGGAGAAGGUUUCAGGCUCGUCUUCGCCUCUUAAAACAGGUGAGCUCACCCCUCCCCGUGAGCACAGCUGUCUGAGCGACGAGGACAAAGUGCAGGGUGGGGGAGCACAGACCAAAGACAGAGGGACCUCCACCGAUGCCCCCUGUAGGCACAGCCAUACAUCUGGACACUCGCACGGAUCCUCCACAGCUGCUGCAACACGCUCAAAAGUUUCAGAAAAGCCGCCCGCCCCGCCUCCACCUCAGAACUACACGCCAGCACCUCUUUACCCAGCGGGGAAGGCAGAUGGCGGUGGAAACCACCGGGAAAGAAUCCGAUACCACACAGACGUUCAUUUAGAGCCCACGGAGGAGAUCUAUCUGACUCCUGUGCAGCGCUCUGCAGACCCCCUAGAUCCCCCGAACGCACAGGACCGGCCUUUCCUCUCACAGCAGACGGAGCAGGGUCGUAUGUCCAUCAGCUCCGACACAGAGGGCCCACCUCCCUACCAGCCUCUGCCAGACAGGACAAACCCCUCCAUCUACGAAGAGGACGAAGUCUACGUCCCCCCACCUUCAUAUGCCUCCUGUGUAGAGUCCCUAAUCACGCCACCCAGCAUGGCUCGCUCCUCUCUUGCUCUGGACCUCAGCCUAAAGGGUGCAGGAACAGGGGCUGGUAUAAUGCUAAGAGGCGGGUCAUCGGUGGAGUAUGUUGAUGCUACAGAUGAAAGCUACUGUGGAGAGGAGGACGAGGAUGUGGACAGAAUUAUAAUGGACGUAAAGAUGAGGAAAACAGGAGGAAAAGGGGAUGGUGUUUCAAGCAGAGCCGCCCCUCUAAGGACUUCCAUGAGCUCGGAGGCCAGUGGGCUAUCCUAUGACUCGGUCAAGUACACGUUGGUGGUGGAUGAGCACGCUCAGUUGGAGCUGGUCAGCCUCCGGCAGUGUUACCAAGGCUACAGCGACGACAGUGACUCAGCCACUGUCUACGAUAACUGUGUCUCAUCUCCCUAUGAGUCGGCGAUCGGGGAGGAGUAUGAGGAGGAGGAUGAGGAGGAGGAGGACAGCGCCCGAAUAGGAGGAGUGAGGAGAGAGGCCACAGCGUGUCUGUCUGAGGACUCGACUCCAGAGGUGGACCUGCACUUCUCCAAGAAGUUCCUCAACGUGUUCAUGAAUGGACGCUCUCGCUCCUCCAGUGCAGAGUCAUUCGGCUUAUACUCCUGUGUCAUUAAUGGAGAGGAGAGGGAGCAGAGCCACAGAGCUGUUUACAGGUUUGUCCCUCGACAUGACGAUGAGUUGGAGCUGGAGGUGGAUGACCCUUUGCUGGUAGAGGUGCAGUCAGAGGAUUACUGGUACGAGGGCUACAACAUGAGGACUGGUGCCCACGGGAUAUUCCCAGCUUACUACGCCAUAGAGGUAGCCAAGGACUCUGACAGUGAAAAAGAAGUGAAGAGCAGUGAGUGGAUGGACAGAUACAGGCUGAAGUUCCUGGGCUCAGUUCAAGUGCCGUUCCAUAAAGGAAACGAUGUUCUGUGUGCAGCUAUGCAGAAGAUUGCCACCAACAGAAGAAUGACAGUGAAGUACAACCCGCCUUCAUCCUGCAUCCUGGAGAUCAGUGUGAAAGGCAUCAAACUCUCAGUCCAAGAGGAUUAUUAUGCCUGUGACAGAAGCAACCAGUGCAAUCACUUCUUCCAGCUUAAGAACGUCUCUUUCUGUGGAUAUCAUCCCAAAAACAGCAAAUAUUUUGGUUUUAUAACGAAGCACCCAGCAGACCAGAGAUUUGCCUGCCAUGUGUUUGUGUCUGAAAACUCCACCAAACCUCUUGCAGAGUCAGUAGGGAAAGCGUUCCAGUUGUACUAUAAAGAGUUUGUGGAGUUCUCGUGCCCCACAGAGGACAUCUACCUGGAAUAGCCCCGCCCUGCCUUCAACCACAGCCCUGUACAGUACACUGUAUCAUAACAUAAUUCUGCAUGAAGGACAGACAUAUCUAAAGAUGAAAAAAGAGACAAAUUGAAAAAUUAACACAUCUGACAAACAAAAGAGAAGAAUGAUAAAGUACUGGAACAGUGGUCUGCUCAGAAAGACGAGAGGAACAUGAGCCACAGGAGGAGUGUACUGAGGAAAGAAAAUAUGCAAAAUGGAGGCAGUGAUGAGGUGAUCACAGGCUGCCCAUGGAAAGCACAAACAUUGUAUCACCACAGCCUUGGCAGCGCUAGUUAGCCUGUAGCAUCAUGUCAGCAGAUGAAAUGCUGAAAGCCCAGGAGCCGUACGGACUGAAUGAGCUUGUACCUUCACUUAUUGAAAAAAGAAAACUGCAGCAGAGGUGUGGAAAACUAAACAGGAUUAGUUUGCUUUGACUUUGAUUAUCUAAGGUUGAAGCACAAGGGGACUGUGUAUUUAGUAAACAACAUCUUCGCACUGAAAAUGUACACUUAGUAGAACAAAUCCAUGUAGGAACAGUGAAUUUUAUCAUGAUAUAAAGAUAAUAUUCACAUUGUUUGAGAAAAAAUCCACCUUAAACACUCCGGCUACAAGUGAUGCUCUGUGCAUUUUUGGAUCUCUAGUUGUAAAAAAACAAAACACCAGAUUCUGAAAAGCAGAAAAUAUUACGGCUAUCCAGGAGAUUCAACAGGAUAACGUCAGAUUUGAUGUGCUACAGGCUCAACAUAUGAUCUGUGCACACUGCAAGGUGGAACUCUUGAGUAUUGCACAAAAAAAUCAGUAUCCACCCUUUGACCAAUCUUUAAGAGGGCUCCUAUUAAACCUAGGGAUGUUUCUAGUCGACUCAGUGCUUAGUCUAUUAAACAGAAACUUAAAUUCAGACCAAAGGAUUAGACUAAAUGUAAGAAAACAACAAAAAAGUCAGAUUUCUGACAUUAUUUGAAUAAUUACAAUGCCAGAUUGUUUUUUAGAGUGUGGCUUAUGUUUGCACUGCUAGCACAGCCAGUAGUUAGUUCUUACAGGUUAAAAUCACAAUUAUUCAACUGUUAAUGCAUCGCUCUAGCCCAUAUGCCCAUUCAACCUAACACAGCCAAUCAGUUUCUUUAUCCUAGUCUUCUACAUAGGAACAAGUCCACAAUCCCCUUCUUGUACUUGCUAUGUUCCAUUCACUGUGCUUGUUUACAUCCAGGCAGUAGAGCUGAAAGACAGCACCCACCUAUGGGCCAAGCACUGCAGCCGGUCUGCAGCUUCAAAUCUGACUAGUCGCAAGGGGCUCUGUUGCACUUACAUAUAAAGAUGUUUAGAUUAGUGCUGUUGCCUCUUAGCAAGAAGGUAGUGGAGUUUUUAUUUUGUCCCUGAGCAUGCGUGGGUGCCCUCUGGCUACUCCAGCUUCCUCCCACAGACUGAAAACAUGCUGAUUAGGCUAACUGGUGACUCUAAAUUUUUCGUAGGUGUGAGUUACAAAAUACCUGGUUGUUUGGCUCUACUCAUCAGCCCUGUGAUUUACUGCCAACCAGUCCAGGGUGUACCCUAUCUCUUGCCCAGUGACAGCUGGGAUAGGCUCCAGUGCCAUGAUCCCAAAAUAGAUCAAUGGAUUUCUCAUUAAGGAUUGGGUGGACUAUGAGGCUCGUCCAGUUGAGAACCACUGUUCAGGACAGAUAAUUUUAGGUUUAAUACUGAGGCUAAUGUCAGCCCAAUCUCCUCCUAAAGGCAAGGGACAUAAACUCAGAUUAGGGGCUUAUAGCAACCAACAAUUUGUCCAAUAAUCCUCAAGUGUGCUGUGUGAAGAUACUUAUUUUACAUCUCCCAAUCAAGUCAAAGCCUCCUAACCUGAACAUGUGAUUUAACCAUAUAGCAAUUCUGGAUGAUUGCUGUUUCUGGCCCGAUUCUUCCCCUCUUUUUCAAACAUUUUCAAUAUUUAAGAUUCCAGUUGUGUGCCAAAAAAAACCAAAAACUUUUUCACUGGAUCAGGUCUUAAAAUUUUAAUGCACUGAGCAUCACUUGUCCUCAAUGAAAACAAAACAUGCAGAUGGAGUGUGGAUCUAACCUUUAGGAUUUUCUGCAGCUUCUUUUGAUACUGUAGUGCUAAGCUAAACAUCCCUGACACGUUAAAGCCUUAGUCUUUAAUUCUGAGACACACUGCGCUUAUUUACAGUGUCUAAGUGAAGAUGAUGUUUAACACAUGGAAAAAAAAACAUCACUUUGGCUCUUAAGGUGGCACAAGAUGAGGUCCAGAAUCUAAAAUCUUGUUCAUAUGGUUUCUAGAAAUGUGCUCCUCCUGGUUUUCUACAUCAGAAACUAAAAAACGCUCUCAGUGUGAUGGAAAGAAGAUAGUGAGGCAGGUAUUUGUUACAGCAGGUACAGGUGCUUUAAAGGGAGCAAACGCAAAACUCUGGUGUCUUCAUAUCUUCACUAGUAGUGCCUCUUCUUCAUCACAUCAUUGUGACCUUCCUCAGUUGACAUUUUCACAACAUUUAAAGGAGUUACCAUUGAGUGUGUGUUGAAUUUCAGUUUAAAUGCAAGAAGGGAUGUAGAAGUGUGUUUGAUGUGAGUUAUGCUCUUUUCUGCUGCUGAAAAAUACAGUUCUGUACCAGUGGAGCUCAUUCAUGUUUAAUUUUUGAAUUCAUGAAAAAUCCAAAAAUGUCACUCGAGUACAGUCUUAAUUUUAAAACAGAUUUUUCUGUCUUUAACAGACGCUUCGCUUCAAUGCAGUUCUACCACUAGAUGGUGGCUGUAGUGGAUCUGAAAGCUGUUUGAUAACCGCCAUUAAAUAACAAAAGAAUGAUUUCUCUUAAUUUUAGUCACACACUUCUCCAGUGAACAGAUUGCUUAAGUUAAAAUUAGUGUGAAGCAAUGCUAAAAAUAUGUGCCCAUUCAUUGAUGGUAAUUUCCUUUAUGUUCAAUAUCAAGCUAACAAACUGAGCUGAAUAUCUGUUCCUACCUUUUUCCCUCUGGUUUGGCUCCAGCAUCUGGCCAGAUAGAAUUCCAGUGUGUCUGCUGCAAAGAGAUCCAGACUGACAGCUGUGAUGGAGCCAAGACAGACUGAACAUGCAUCUGGUGGAGUUUAGGAGUUCGAAAUUUGAAUUUACUUUGAAUUACUGUCUCUAUGUUGGAAGAGCAGUUUUUCUUGAAAUUCACACCCAUAAUACGGGCAUAAGGAAGUAAAAGAAAGGCCAAAGGGUGAAAGGAAAUGAUCUUUUUUAUACAAUGCAUUAACAAGGAUUUAUAUAACCUGGCACGCUGGAAAAACUCUUAUAGACAGUGAUUGGGAAAGGGCAGAGCCUUUGAAAAAAAACUGGAUGAAUGUUCUGUCUGUCACAUCUUUACGGACCAAUCAGAGCAACAAAACGUGACGUAGCCGCUACCAAGCUGUGCCCCUACCA